AUUAGCGGUAAGGUCGUUACAUGUGAGCUUUGCAGCGGUCAGUCAGCUCAGCUGUGACCUGAGAAACUCCAAGUCUCUCUCAGACCCUUUCCCCGAAAACAGAGCACCAACAGCGGACAGCGAUGGCCCGAGGAAGCCGCAGCAGAGCCGCAGCUCCGUCCAGCCCGGCCCCGUCCCAUGCUCCGGCCCCCGCUCACCCUCCCCCCACCGCUCUGGCCCCUGCCCCAGCCCCAGCCCCGUCCCAGGGUCCCGGGCUCAUGGCUCAGAUGGCGACCACGGCGGCAGGAGUGGCAGUGGGCUCAGCUGUGGGUCACGUGUUAGGCGGCGCCCUCACCGGAGCGUUAAGCGGAGGAAGUAGCAGCAGCAGCAGCCCAGAGCCAGCCAGACCGGCGUACCAGGAGGCCCCCCGACCCCCCCAGCCCCAACACGGCCCCUGUCACUUCGAGGUCAAACAGUUCCUGGACUGUGCCACCAAUCAGAACGACCUGAGUCUGUGUGAGGGAUUCAGCGAGGCGCUCAAACAAUGCAAAUACUCCCAUGGUGUGACGUCUCUGGUUUGAAGAACAUCUGGACUCAUCAUCAAAGAAACAGACCUGUUAUUGAUAAUAAAACUGCUAUUUAAAUAUUAAUCAUUGAUAAUGAAACACAUUUUUAAUAACAAACAUGCUGUAGAUAUGAGAACACUGAACCUCAGGCUGUGAUUGGUCCGUUCUGUUAUGACGUAUUUGAGAUAUUUUUGUGUAUGUGCGGUGAUUAAAGACUUUGAUAAAGAGAGAAUGGAACGAUCUCUCUGCA